UAAAUAAGUGCACCCAAACCAACUCCACGUCAGUCAUACAAGAGUUCAAACCACAACAGCACCGUAGGACUAGUUUAUUGUUCACCAUGGCCGCUGGUGCUCUGCCUCUCCCGCUGCUGCUUUGCGCUCCUGCCUUCCUCCUCCUCGCCGCGAGCUGCGGUGCAGCGCUAGAUGACCCGGCGAGUCUCCUGCGGCGGGCCAAGGAUGCGGAGUUCAUGGACUGGAUGGUGGGGGUGCGGCGGCGGAUCCACGAGAACCCAGAGCUUGGCUAUGAGGAGUUCGCCACCAGCGAGCUCGUGCGGCGGGAGCUCGACGCCAUGGGGAUUCCCUACAGGCACCCUUUCGCCGUCACCGGCGUCGUCGCCACUGUCGGUACGGGCGGCCCGCCCUUCGUCGCGCUCCGGGCCGACAUGGACGCGCUCGCCAUGCAGGAAAGCGUGGAAUGGGAGCAUAAGAGCAAAGUGCCAGGGAAGAUGCAUGGAUGUGGCCAUGAUGCACACGUUGCUAUGCUGUUGGGCUCUGCUAAGAUUCUUCAGGAGCACCGUGACGGGUUGCAGGGUACUGUUGUUCUUGUUUUCCAACCAGCUGAGGAAGGUGGUGGUGGGGCAAAGAAGAUGAUAGAAGAUGGAGCUGUGGAGAACAUAGAGGUCAUGUUUGGUAUCCAUGUACUUGACACUGUGCCUAUCGGCGUGCUGGCAUCGAGGCCUGGUCCUGUAAUGGCAGGGUGCGGAUUCUUUGAGGCGGUAAUAAGUGGGAAGGGAGGGCAUGCUGCACUUCCUCAUCAUACUAUCGAUCCAAUACUGGCUGCAUCCAGUGUUAUUGCAAGCCUGCAGCAACUUGUUUCCCGAGAAGCUGACCCUUUGGACUCACAGGUAGUAACGGUUGGAAAGUUUCAAGGUGGAGGAGCCUUCAAUGUCAUACCUGAUUCUGUCAUAAUAGGUGGUACCUUCCGAGCCUUUUCCAGGGAGAGUUUUGAUCUACUGAAGCAGCGAAUUGAAGAGGUCAUAGUGGCACAGGCAUCCGUCCAGCGCUGCAGCGCCGUCGUGGACUUCCUUGGCAACGAUAUGCCUUUCACUCCGCCAGUAAUCAACAACCCGGAGCUCCAUGAUUUCUUCGUGAAGGUUGGCGGCGAGAUGGUCGGCCCCGGCGACGUGAGAGACAAGCAGCCGAUGAUGGGAGCCGAGGACUUCUCCAUGUACGCUGAGGCCGUGCCCAGGACAUAUUACUACUUCGUGGGGAUGCUCAACGAGACCCGCGGCCCGCAAGCGCCACACCACAACCCCUACUUCACCGUCAACGAGGAUGCUCUGCCGUAUGGCGCCGCCAUGCAAGCAGCGUUGGCAGCUCGCUAUCUGCUUGAGCGGCAGCAGCAUGUUGCCGCUGCUAAGGUGGAACCCCGCGAUGAACUGUAGAUGAUGUGGUUCACUGUUGAAUGAAACUCUGGUUAAACCUGAACUACAAUCGUCAAGUCAUGUCAACCUGACUGACUCGACGACAGCCUCUGUAUCGCCGGUGAUCAUGCAACACUUUCUUUAGCUAAUAAUAUCCUAAUUUGGUU